AUGAGGAAAAUCACUAAGUCAACAAUUAUAGGCAUCAAAAGGAAACCAAGUGAGGAAAAUAAAGAAAAUGAAUUGGGCAACUCAUCAUCAAGGAAUAAUGCUGCUCAAGGAAAACAGCAACCUCCGGCAAUAAAUCCUUCCCGCAUUCCUUUUGGAGGGUGUUUGUCUCAAAACAUCACACCAUUGAGUAACAUUACUAACGCAAAUUAUUUCGGCAACUCAUCUUUUACGAAUAAUGCUGCUCAAGCUAAAGAGCAACCUACAGCAACUAAUCCUUCACGAAUUCCUUUUGGAGGAUGUUUGUCUGAAAAUAUCACACCAUUGAGUAACAUCACUAACGAUGCGGAUAUAUCGAGUAACGAUGUAAGGCAGACCUCGGAUAUUGGGACAUCCUCUGGUCCACAACAUGCUCAAUACUGCGAUUUUGGUGAUGCAACAAAUAAAUGCGUCCAUUGUGGGGCUUUGUUUUGGUUUGAAGAAAGGAAGAAGAAUUUGUCAACAAAAGCAUCGCCACUGUUUAUGUUGUGUUGCAACAAUGGGAAGAUCAAGUUGCCGGAGAAUAAGUUGCCACCAAAAAAACAAGGCAAAGAACCUCAUUUUGCUCAGUUAUACAUAUACGACACGGCAAAUGAAAAGAUCAACCGUAUAAAUGCUGGUAGUGGUAAGCAAGAUGACAUUCAUGUAGAAAUAGUGAAUGUCAUUCAGAAAGACCUCGAUGAAAAUAAUGUUUUGGUUAAGUCUUUUCGGAUGGCUAUGUCUGAGCUAGAUAUUAAUCCAUGCGCCGAAGUCAAAAUAAAGUUGUUGGGAAAACGAACUAGAGAUGCGAGGACCUAUAAUCUGCCGCAAGUUUCUGAAGUAGCAGCUUUAAUUGUGGGAGAUCUGGAUACCAGUAUUGGAGAGCGUGAUAUUAUUGUUCAAUCGAAGGGUGGCCACCUACAGAGGAUAAGUGAAUUAAAUUCUUCAUACUUACCACUGCAAUACCCUCUUUUGUUUCCAUAUGGCGAAGACGGUUAUCGGGAAGACAUUGCAUUCGCGAACGUAGUAGGCAAGCACUCUUCAGGUGGUAGACAGAGGAUUAGUCCCAGGGAGUUUUUUUGCUACCGCAUACAGUCUAGACAGUCAGCUCCGAGUACCAUAUUAUUUGCAAAGCGGUUGUUCCAACAGUUUGUUGUAGAUGGCUACACAAUGGUUGAGUCUGGAAGACUAAUUUAUAUAAGGACACACCAAAAAAGCCUAAGGUGUGAGAGUUAUAGUGGAUUGACUGAUGCUUUGACAAGGGGUGAAUUAAGCCCGGCAGCCCAAAGUCGCAGAAUAAUACUACCUUCAAGUUUUACGGGUGGUGCUAGAUACAUGAUACAAAACUACCAAGAUGCAAUGGCAAUAUGUAGAUGGAUUGGAUACCCAGAUUUAUUUAUAACCUUUACAUGCAAUCCGAAGUGGCCUGAGGUGCAACGCUUUUUAAAAGAUCAAAGGUUGAAGGCAGAAGAUCGGCCGGACAUAAUUUGCCGAUUAUUCAAGAUUAAGUUGGAUGCUUUGAUAGCUGAUUGUCGAAAGAAUAAACUAUUUGGCCCUGUGGCUGGAGUCAUAUAUACAAUUGAGUUUCAAAAGCGAGGUCUUCUGCAUGCUCAUAUAUUACUUUUUUUGGAGAAAAGUAAAGAACUUAGGCAAGUUCUUACUCUAGAAAACAUAAUUUGCGCAGAGAUUCCAGAUGAAAAGAAAGAUGCAGAGUAUUACCAAGCGGUAGAGGAAUUUAUGAUGCAUGGUCCAUGUGGGAAAGCGAGGACCAAUUCUCCAUGUAUGGUAAAUGCGCGAUGCUCUAAACAUUUUCCUAAGAGAUUUGUUGAGAGUUCUACAUUUGAUGACAAUGGUUACCCGGUAUAUAGAAGGAGAGACAAUGGCAGUAUAGUUACAAAGAACGGGAUCGCCUUGGACAACAGGUACAUAUCCCCAUGUGAAGCGGUUUGGCGUCUGUUUGGUUUUGAUAUACAACUUCGGGCGCCUUCAGUGGAAAGGUUAAGCUUUCACCUUCCUAAUCAACAGAGUGUGAUAUUUACAGAUGAUGAUGCUGUUGAGAACAUUGUGAAUAGACCUACGAUAACACAGAGCAUGUUUUUGGAAUGGUUUGAAGCAAAUAAAACAUACCCCGAUGCGAGAGAACUUACUUAUGUUGAGAUGCCAACACGAUUCGUUUGGAAGAAAGACCUUAGAAAAUGGCGGCCACGAAAGAAAGGCUUCUCAAUAGGACGUAUAUUCUAUGUCCCGCCAGCUACUGGUGAAAUUUUCUAUUUGAGGUGUUUGCUGAACAAAAUCCGUGGCCCUAAAAGUUAUGAAGAUAUUAGGACUGUAAAUGGGGUGCAAUAUGAGUCAUUCCGAGAUGCGUGUUAUGCAAGGGGUUUAGUUGAUGAUGAUAACGAAUAUGUUGAUGCAAUAGAUGAAGCCAGUAAUUGGGUGUCAGCAGAUCAAUUGAGGAGAUUCUUUGUGACAUUGCUAAUGAGCAGUUGCAUGGGGAAACCGGAAAUAGUUUGGCAUGCUGUGUGGCAACAUCUAUCAGACGAUGCACAAUUCAACGUCCGUAGACAACUGCAGAACAGAGAUUUUGUGUUGACCGAUUCGCACAAAAUGAAGUUUGCCUUAGUAGAGAUUGAGAAGUUAUUAUCUACUCAUGGUAAGAGUUUGAAGGACUAUCCUGAAAUGCCAACGGCAAAUUUUGGUGCCUUAAACGUUAUUGCAAAUAGGUUUAUUCAAGAAGAAUUAGCAUACGAUUGUGGCGAACAGGAGAAAGAGAAUCAGGAAUUGGUAAGGCAGUUAACAGACGAACAAAAGGCCAUAUACAAUGAAGUGUUAACUGACAUUGAUCGCAAGGAAGGGGGGUUAUUCUUCGUUUAUGGUUAUGGAGGGACCGGUAAGACUUUCUUGUGGCGAGCACUUUCUUCCGCAUUAAGGUCUAAGAGUCAAAUAGUGUUAAAUGUUGCUUCUAGCGGCAUAGCUUCGCUUUUAUUACCUGGUGGGAGGACGGCACAUUCUCGGUUUGCUAUACCGAUAGCUGUUAAUGAAGAUUCCACAUGCAACAUACGUAACGGCAGUGAACUGGCAGAACUACUUGUGCAAACCAAGUUGAUAAUAUGGGAUGAAGCCCCAAUGAUGCAUAAAUUCUGCUUUGAAGCCCUUGACCGAACUAUGCGGGAUUUGAUGCGCUUCAUAAAUCCAAGGAGUUCUGAUAUGACAUUUGGUGGUGAAACAGUUGUUUUGGGGGGCGAUUUCAGGCAAAUUUUACCAGUCAUUCCAAAGGAAAACGAGUGCAAGGAGAUCGAGGAAUUUGCAAAAUGGAUAGCUAAUAUAGGUGACGGAAUUAUUGGUAGUAAACUUGAUGGGGAGUCCGAUAUUACUGUUCCAGAAGAUUUGUUGUUGAAGUGCGAAGAUGACCCUAUUGCUACAAUUGUUGAUAGCACUUUCCCUAAUUUCCGACUGGGAAUUGCCGAUUUGUCAUAUCUUAAUCAUAGUGCAAUUUUAGCUCCAACAUUGGAUGUGCUAGAUGCCGUUAACCAAUACAUGAAUGAUCAUAAUCCGGCUGAGGGUAAGACAUACUUGAGUUGUGAUUCUGUGUGUAAGUCAGAUGCCAAUGUUGACAUGUUAGUGGAUUUGCACACUCCCGAAUUCUUGAAUGCCUUGCGAUGUUCUGGAGUACCAAAUCAUGCUUUGACAUUGAAAGUUGGAUCACCUGUUAUGCUAUUGCGAAAUAUUGAUCACACACUAGGAUUAUGCAACGGUACAAGGUUGAUUGUUACAAGUUACCAGCCUCUGGUUAGUACUGAAAACAUAUUUGAUGAAUAA